CCCCCUUCUCGCUCGCUACUGAAGCUGAAGAAAUAAAUUCACUGAGUAAUGGCACCCAACCCUCAAUGCGCGGCUCUCGCUGCGGCCAAGGAGCGCAAAGGUUACUCCUACGGCCAGAUCGCACAGCAACUGGGGCUUCCCGAGCAACACAUUGUCGCACUGUGCACUGGUACGGCAACUCCCACAGCCAACGAGUUCAACGCGUUGGCUCGAGUGCUGGACAUCACGUCUCCUCCUCCUCACGAUGCUGCUCAUGCGACCAAGUGAAUCAGGCUUUGAGGGGCUAUGUUCAUGUACGAGUAUAACAGGAGAUAACGAAGUCUUGUACUACCAUUACGCUGUGAUAACACUACUCUGAGAUUCCAGGGUUAUGAUGGCAUUGAACUUUAUAUCAUCGUCAGACUUCCAGCUUAGAGUCUUC